AUGAGGUUGCUGACGCUAUUCUCCGCGUUCGUCGCAUUUCUCCCCUUCUCCCCCCUGGUCUCCGCCAUCAACCUAAUCGAAUCAAAAUCGCUGGUCGCUUGCCAGGAUAACUCGAACUUCACCGCGACGCUUUUCAAUGUUUUGUUUACCCCUCACAAUAACUCUCUAUCUGUUGAAGCCCUUGGUAUCUCAUCUAUCGAAGGCAACAUCACAGCAGUAGUGGAACUGAUUGCCUAUGGAUUUACUGCUCUGAAGGAAAAUGUCAAUCCCUGCGAUCUAGAACUCGAGGGCCUUUGUCCAAUGAAUAAAGGUCAAAUCAAACUCGAGUCGAAUAUCAACAAUCUUUCCCCUGACAUCAUCAACAAAGUUCCAGGGAUUGCUUAUAGCGUACCUGACCUCGAUUUGAAAGUGCGAAUCUAUGUAAAUUCGACAAAGGAAAGGAGAAGUAUUGCCUGUGUUGAAGCUUCGCUCUCCAACGGAAAGACCGUCUACCAUAAAACCGUGGCCUGGAUAGUAGCUGUAAUCGCAGGCUUGGGCUUGGUUGCGUCCGCGGUCACUUCCGGACUGGGACAUUCCAACACUGCCGCCCAUGUUGCAGCAAAUGCGCUCUCUCUCUUCGGCUUCUUUCAGUCACAAGCUAUGAUUGGCAUGUCCAGUGUGAAACUACCCCCGAUUGUGCAAUCUUGGACACAGAACUUCCAGUGGAGUAUGGGUAUCAUUCGGGUUGGCUUUCUCCAGAGACUUGCCACCUGGUACCAGCGUGCAACAGGCGGAGAACCAGCAACGGUUUUGCAGUCGCUCUCAAAUACGUCUGUUCAACUGCAGAAGCGAUCAGUUGACUUUACCCAUCGCCUUCUCGCAAGGACUGUCACCAACCUCGUAAAGCGCACUAACAGGGAUGAGGGCGUUACUGAGAACAGUGCCAUCGCAAUUAUUCGCGGCAUUGAACGUGUUGGAUUCCGCGCUCGCAUUGAGCGUACCAACAUAUUCCUGACGGGUUUGAUAUUCUUUGUCGUCUUCGUCGCCGUGGUCAUGGGCUUCAUUGCCGGAUUCAAAGGCGUCUGCGAAUUACUCGCUAAGUCUGGCAGAAUGAAGAGUGACAAAUUCCAGGACUUCCGAAAUGGCUGGAGAAUUGUAAUGAGAGGCAUUUUGUUCCGACUGACGCUGAUUGGGUUCCCCCAAAUGUGCAUUCUCUGCUUAUGGGAAAUGACGCAAAGGGAUUCCGCCGCCGAGGUUGUGCUUGCGGUGGUGAUGAUUCUAUCUCUUAUUGCCUCACUGGGUUGGGCUGCAUGGAAAGUUAUUCGUCUUGCAAAAAAGUCAGUCGUGAUGCAUAAAAACCCUGCAUACAUCCUCUACUCGGAUCCAUCCGCGCUCAACAAAUGGGGUUUCCUUUACAUCCAAUAUCGGGCUACGGCGUACUACUUCGUCGUUCCGAUGUUGAUUUAUAUCUUUGUCAAAGGCAUGUUCAUCGCAUUGAGUCAGGAGGCUCCUAGGGUGCAAGCUUUUGCAUUAUUCUUUAUCGAACUUGGAGUCCUGGUUGGAGUGUGUUAUUUCCGUCCCUGGAUGGACAAGAAGACCAACAUCUUCAAUAUUUCCAUUGCCUCCUUUAACUUUUUCAAUGUGCUUCUAUUACUCUUCUUCACAGAAAUCUUCAACCAGCCGGGUUUGGUAACUGGUGUGAUGGGGGUUGUUUUCUUCGUUGCUAACGCCGCAUUCGCACUCAUUUUGUUGGUGCUCGUCCUCAUUGCUUCUAUCUACGCGAUUGUAUCCAAAAACCCGGAUACGCGAUAUCAGCCCAUGAGAGACGACCGUGGUUCCUUUAUCAAAUCACAGACCCAACUCACUACGGAGCUCGACGCCCUUGGCGCCACUGCUCGAGGCGAACCGAAAAAGGCUUUUGAUGAUGAUGUAACUUCAUUCUCAGACAACUCUCUCAAUCGCCCCCAUACCGGCUCCCUACAUGACAACGGUCCCGGACUCGCCGUAUCACAACCGAAUAUGCGACAAACGCCUCAUUCUCCAAUAGAUACGUCCGUCCCACUCUUCCCAAUGGGCGACAACCACCAAGCUCACUCCCCUCCCCACAUGUCUCCAGGACAUGACCAGCGUGGCAUGUAUAGCGAUAACACAGACUUUUACGGGCGAGCGCAAAACGCAUCCCCUGUGCCAAGGGCAUAUACUAGUUCACCCUUCAACAGAAGUGGAUCUGUGAAUUCUAACCCGCAUCAAUAUCGGAUGCAAAAUAGUGCGAGUCCGUGGCAGAGAGGUGCAGGUUAUGACCACUAA